CAGCUCUCCAGUUGUGAAAGUUUCUUCUUACAGUACAUAUGCUAGGCGUGAAGGUGUAUGUCUUGAUAUUUUUAGGGCUUCAGAUAUGUGCUGUCACCAUGAUGACCCCAUAGAAUUGUCAACCCUUAUCCAAGGAUAGAACAUAACCAGUCAUGUCCAGUCCAUCACGGUCAUCACGCCAUGAGGAAGAAGGUAGCCGCACACCUGUUCGAGAAGAAAGUGGAAGGCAUACUCCACGACGUAGUGCCCGCACACCAACUCGAAUUGAAAAUGGAACAGCUACUCCAAGUCGACAAGGAACCCCUGGGAGGAGGACACCAGGAUCUAGAGAUAGACAAGAUGAACCAGUGGCCACUCCAGUGAGGCGAACUGCAGGCAGGCCUGAAAUAGCUGCAACACCUUCUCGGCCUCUGAUCACUCCCUCCAAGCGAUCUCGAUCUGACACGCCUACUACUACCCCUCUUCGGUGGGGAGCUCAGCAGCGAACAAGGCCACAGCAAAAUGUCGUUGUAGAUACUUCAGACCAGCUGUCAUUUUCUGCAACUUCACCUGCAGUCAACUUGAACCCUACCAGUCCACUUGCUGUAGGUAUGAGUGAGAUUGAUUUGAGUUCACCACUCAACUAUGGGACACCUGGUUCAUUGUCUUCAGUUCGAACGCCUCACUCAGGCAUCAGAGGGACUCCAAUUCGUAUGCGACCAGACAUAAGAACUGAUAGGCGCAUUCGACAAGUGAACGUGAACUCAGACCCAGUUGAAUCACUGGAGGCUGACCCCAGUGGUGUGGGAGCAUCAUCAGAAACUGAUCAGGCACCCCAGCUGGUGGUGUGGGGGACCAGUGUGGUAGUGAGCCAGUGUAAGGAGAAGUUCAAAAAGUUUGUACUGCAGUUUGUGGACCCUAAUGCAGAAGAGGAUGAGCGUAUGGAGGACAUGAACAUAAAUGAACCCCUGUACCUACAGAAGCUGCACGAGAUCCAUACUUUGGAGGAACCAUUUCUGAAUGUGAAUUGUGCACACUUGGAGGCAUAUGAUCCUCACUUGUAUUGCCAGCUGGUUUCCUAUCCACAAGAAGUGAUUCCAACAUUUGACAUGGCAGUUAAUGAGAUGUUUUUUGAACGCUAUCCUGCUGCCGUUCUUGACCAUCAGAUUCAGGUGCGACCAUUUAAUGUCCAGAAAACCAAGAAUAUGAGGUCACUGAAUCCCGAAGAUAUCGAUCAGCUGAUUACAAUUGCUGGCAUGGUGAUUCGAACAUCAAACAUUAUGCCCGAGAUGCGGGAGGCUUUCUUCAAGUGCAUUGUUUGUGCAUACACAACUGCUGUUGAGAUAGAUCGAGGGCGUAUUGCUGAGCCUACACUGUGUACCAACUGCAACACCAAUCACUGCUUCAGCCUUAUCCACAAUCGCUCACAGUUUACUGAUAAACAGAUGGUGAAACUUCAAGAAUCACCUGAUGAUAUGCCUGCUGGUCAGACUCCUCACACUGUGGUUCUGUUUGCUCAUAAUGACCUGGUAGACACUGUGCAGGCAGGUGAUCGAGUGACUGUGACCGGAAUCUACAGGGCAAUACCCACGCAGGUGAAUCCUCGCAUGCGGAACGUUCGAGCUGUCUAUAAAACGCACAUCGAUGUAGUGCACUUCCGCAAAGCUGAUACAAAGCGUCUGUAUGAUCAGGAGGAGGGCAAGGAUCACCUUUUCUCUCCUGAGAGGGUGAAACUGCUUCAUGAACUGUCUAAAAUGGAGGAUAUUUAUGAACGUCUGGCCCGUGCUAUUGCUCCGUCCAUAUAUGAAAAUGAGGACAUCAAAAAGGGCAUUCUUCUUCAGUUGUUUGGUGGAACCAAGAAAUCCUUUACAUCUUCAGGACGUGGCAAUUUCAGGGCAGAGAUCAACAUCCUUCUGUGUGGUGACCCGGGUACCAGUAAAUCACAGUUGCUGUCCUAUGUAUACAACCUGGUUCCGCGUAGCCAAUACACAUCAGGCAAGGGCUCCUCGGCAGUUGGGCUUACAGCCUAUGUAACAAAGGAUCCUGAAACUAGGCAACUUGUUCUGCAGAUUGGUGCAUUGGUACUGGCUGAUAAUGGCAUAUGUUGCAUUGAUGAGUUCGACAAGAUGAAUGAUUCCACUCGCAGUGUUCUGCAUGAGGUAAUGGAGCAACAGACAUUAAGCAUUGCAAAAGCAGGAAUCAUCUGCCAGCUGAACGCUCGAACGUCAAUCCUAGCAGCAGCAAACCCGAGUGAGUCCCAGUGGAAUAAGAACAAGACCAUUGUUGAGAACAUCAUGCUGCCUCACACACUCCUGUCGAGGUUUGAUCUGAUCUUCCUGAUGCUUGAUCCUCAGAAUGAACUGUAUGACAGGCGACUGGCUCGCCAUUUAGUGUCGCUCUACUUUCAGACCCGGGAUGAAGAAGAAGGGGAACUGAUGGACAUGAGUAUCCUGCGAGACUAUAUUGCAUAUGCACGAGAACACAUCCAUCCAAAACUGAGUGAAUUGGCUUCUCAGCGACUGAUCCAGGCUUACGUUGACAUGCGUAAAGUUGGAAGCGGACGUGGACAUAUCACUGCAUAUCCACGACAGCUUGAAUCACUAAUUCGUCUUUCUGAGGCUCAUGCAAAACUCCGUUUCUCGAAUGUGGUUCAGGUUGUUGAUGUGGAGGAAGCUUGGAGGCUUCAUCGUGAAGCUCUGAAACAAUCUGCUACUGACCCUCUCUCCGGAAAGAUUGAUGUUAGCAUUCUGACCACGGGGCUGAGCAGUGCUGCCAGAAAACGCCGAGUGGAGGUGGCACAAGCCCUGAAGAAGCUGAUAACCAGUAAAGAGAAAGUUCUGACACUCGGCUAUCAAAAAGUUUUUGCAGAGUUUAAAGAAAGUUCUCAGUUGAUGAUUACACGUGAAAUGUUUGAAGAUGCAUUAAAAGAUCUUCAGGAUGAUGGUGUUAUCAUUGUUAUGGGAAAGAGCAUGAUUCGAGUGUGCUGAACAAAGUUCUUUGUGCUUGGAGGUUAUACUGCACAUAUCGGACUGAUGCUAGACGUUGAGGAUCACAUAGAUAUCAUUGAGAAAAGAAUCUGCUGCCUAAUACUUUCCCUGUCUGCCUUUGCCAUGUCUUCCUUUGUUUAUGUGACUUCCUGUAGGCAGGUUGAGUCUGUUUUGAAAUCAACACAUUUUACUAAGAAUAAAUUUUCUACGGAUGAAUAAAAAAUAUUUUUUCUUUCUC